AGCACGUCCAGGUGAUACCCGGAUUAAAAAAGCCAAUUUUUUCUUGCAAAAAAUGUUGCAAGACAUUGAAGAUUCAAUACAAUAUAGAUAUACUGAAGGUUAUAAUGGUUUGGGAGAACUGGAACAAUUUGCAAACAGGAGAAGAGAUUAUGUUGCCUCAUCUUUAAAAGUUUUAAUCCAAACACGUAUAAUAGAUACUGUGCAGGAUGGAGAUGAUGAAGCCUCUUUAUUACUGAAGUGUCGUUUGCUUGCAUUAUUGGCUAGUACACAAUAUCCAGUAAGAUACUUAGUGGAAGUUGAGAUUGACUUACCUGCCCGUAAAUGUAUCUUAUCGGAUACACAUGAUAACAAAAGAGUAUACGAGACAAAUGAUGUCCAAUCACUUAAGGCACUAAUAAAACAUUCAAAUCCACGAAAUCCACCCAGAAAUUAACCUAAUGUUAGAAAAACACAUUUUGUUUAUUACAUAAUAUUUUAUUAUUUAUCUUAUUAUUAUCAUUGUACACAUUAUAAAAUUUGAAAUAUUAUAAAAUAAUAUACAUUUACUUAAGCUGACGGGAAAAGAGCCGUCUGUGGAUUUUUUCAAUAACA